CCCCUUCUCACUCUCUCUCUCCUUUUGCUCUUUCUGUCAUAUCUAAAGCAUUCUAGCUGCCAUUCUGUUCCUCUCUGUCUUUUGCUCUUUGCUGGGUCUGUUGGGUCUACCAGUCUCUCUCUCUCUCUCUGUUCUGCUUUUUUUGCUCUGAAUCUCUUUCCCUUCGCUCUCUCUCACUUUGUGCUGUGUGUUUCGCCCGUGCCAUUCAGACUCUCUCGUUUUCUCCACGUUUUCUCUCUCUCUCUCUCACACACACACACACACACACACACACACACACACACACACACACACACACACACACACACACACACACACACAGUUUUCCCCAGUUUUCUCUGUCCUUUGCAUCUCUUUCAUUCUGCAUCUCUCUCUCUCUCUCUAUCUCUUCAUUGCUCUAUCUUUCCCGGUUAUGUCAUCUCAAUUCCUGUCAUUCUCUGAAUACUAAAUCUUUCAUUUCACUCCAAUUGAAGCUCCUCUGUUCCAUUCUGGAUCUUUCCGCUUCUCCUCCUCCAAACUUGUGGCUUUCUCCCUCUGUGCAUGCAGUCCACGCACUGAGCUCUCAGGCUGGGGGGACGCACGCGGCUAAUGUCGUCUGACGCUCUCGCCGAGUGAGAUAUGGAGGCACAUCAACGCCGUGGACAUCAGCCCUCGAGGAGCUCAAGCUCCCCCCGAGCACAUAGGGUAUCUCACAUCCUCUCCAGAAAUGAGGACCAGAGAGGAGCUUCACAGACUGCACAUUCAGACGCACUGUAUAAAUCAACAGAUUUGGGGAAUAAAGUUUUAAGCUCACCCAUGCAUCUGUUCGGCUGGAUGAGGUGGCCUCGUCUGGAUGCUGAGAGGGCCAGUGGCUCCCACUCCAAUUCCGCAGCUGCUACCGCGGCAACGGGAUGCCUCCCGAACGGCGUGCUCCUUCGCGAGCUUCUCUGGCACUUGGAGCAGCGGGAGUGCCUGCUCCGCGAGGAGGCCUGGCAUCUGUUUCUGUCGCGCCGGGGCGCCCAGGGGUGCCGCCGCCCACCGCCAGCGCCAGCUCAAGGCUUGCCGCGUCCACUCAUGCCCAGUGCUGAAAGGCGGCAGUUGGAGCGCCUGUGUGCCCGCGUGCCACCCUCACACACUGCAGCAGUUCUGUCCAGGUUCCGUGAAGUUUUGGCCACCAACGAGUUCCUGCCGUGGGAGCUGGUGUGCGUCUUCAAGCAGGUACUGCGGGACUUCCUGGUCCGAGAGGAAGAAGGAGCCCUGAGAGGUCUCCCUCCGCCACGGACACGAUCACGACCACCUCCGGCCGUACUCACACCCACAUCACCAGCACGGCCAGUGCCCACUCCGUCAGCACACUCUACGGACUAUCGGCUUAGCGGCUGCCCACCGAGAGACACGUCCAGCCCACUUCCCCCUGCGACCGACAGUGUGGACGGACACCGUCGGGAGGAGAUCCCAACCAUCUCCAGCUACGUGGACCGCCACCUGAGCGCUGUCUGCCCCUACGCUGUCCACCGUGACUGGAGCCUGCCUUACUGCUACUCGGUUCCUUAUGACUGUCCAGAGGCCUACGGCACCACCCUGUAGGGUAUCCCCUGUCAAGAAGAGAAUAAACAGACUGUAGCCAGGAAGUUAAGACAGAGUUCUACCCUUAGGCGGGGAUCACAUUAGCCAGUGGCAAGUGGCAGGUUUCCUAUUCUCUAUGGUUCAGCAGCGGAACGGUGGCAACGCUGGUGUAACGCGUUGAACAAGCUGAGCGUUGAGCUUGGUUCAACUUUCAAAGCGCAACGCGAGCGUAUUCAAGUUAAGACAAACCACUUGUGUUACCAUAGGAACGAGAUAUAACUUUUUAUGGUGUGAGCGUUGCGUUGCGUUACGCUUGCCGCUGGCUAAUGUGAUCCCUGCCUUAUAGUCCAUGUCAACUGCUGGAUUUCUCCCUCAGCACAACUGUCACACAAACACAUAUAAGUUUAACUUAUAUCCUAAACCCGACUGUUGUAUGGCUUUUACUUCCUACUAAAGGACCAGGAUGAACCUGAAAUGUUUUUUUUUUAUUUUUUUAGAUGGAACUCCUGUGACAUUGAGUCUCCUCCACCUCUUCCAGAUAGCAUAAAAUGGCACAUUUUUGUGUUAAAAAGUCCCAUAUCUUGUUCUGCCUUCUGUUCCUGCCUGAUCCAUCCCACCAGUGUGUACACCCUCCUCUCAAACGUUGUAGCAUUGUUACCCCGAAGCUCAGGGUUCUGACUCGAUACUUAUCCAAUGAUGUCUUGUCUUGAUGAAAGUAGUGGUACAACAUUUUAUAGCACUAGAGAUGGAAACAUUACUUUAUGUCAUUUUAGAUUUCUAUCAUUUGUUACAGCAGAACUAAGUUGAUCUGAUUUUGAAUCUAUCAGUAUUGCAAAACAAUAUAAGAUGUUGUUGCACACAAGAUGAAAUAAAUUUAGUGCAAAUCA